UGACAAAAACACAGAGAGAGUUGAAUAGGUCAACAAGUAGAACUGGUCAAACUAGGCUACUCCGGUAACAGUACCCACCAAGUAAGGUGGCAGAGCCCAGGCAGCAGUGAAUAUACAAAUAAAACAAGUCAUUUAGAAAGCAACUAAGAAGGUAGUGUUUCCCGUUUUCAGCGUCCACCAUCUCCCUCUUGGAAACUACUGCGAUUACUUUCCGUAACUGCCAAAGUGGCUGCUUGCAUAAUCUUUAGUUCAUCUGUCAGCCUCUGCGUCAGCCUCCAUCUCCGAAAAGUCAAACCCCGUCAGCCAAAUAAUACAUUUCCAACCCAUGUGCAACUACACCUUUCUGAUUCUAACAUUCAUCCUCCUUAUCACCAACAAACCCUAACUCUAAUUAUAAGAUGUCGAAUUUGCAAUUCAUUCUUUUCUUCUUUUUCGUUCUACACUUAACGGACUUUCGAACCGCUGUUACGGCUCAGCAGACUGCUAAUGCCAACGUAUCGUGCCCGCUUGAUUUUAAUGUUUUGCGGCCGCUGAUUACCGGGUCCAUCCCUCCCAACAUGGACCUUUUAGCUGAGUGUCAGUAUAUCCGGCAAGGGCUCCGACUCGUCCAUUCUGAUUACCUACGACGCACUGGAAAUUUUUUGCCUCCACUCAACUCGUCCGAGUCAUGCUGGCAAGCUUUCCAAAACCUUACCAAAGAUUUUCUGCCCAAUUUUGAUAUUCGGUCGCGUUGCGGAUACGAAACGAGUUGGAUAUCUCAAGGAUGUAUGAACAUCACUACGAGAUCGCAGUUUGAGCACUUGAUUCCGAAGACCGUAUUAAAUGACGUCGUCUCCAGCUGUAAUCAGUCGCUGAAAAACAGUGCUCCCUGUGCGACUUGUACGACGACCUUGUCCAGCUUGACCGCGUCGUAUUUGACGGGAAGUUCAGUUGGGAACUUAUCCGACUGCGGGGCGUAUCCGUCGAUUUAUGCGGCAGCGGAUGCGAAUCAGUUUGGACCCACCGAUGAAGGUACUAGCAGCUGUCUGUUUGGGCUUGGUCCUAGUGGAUCAGAAGACAGUAGUGCAAAUAAGAAAGUCGUGAUUAUUGUUGUUUCAGUUGUGUGUAGUAUUGUAUUGCUGUUAAUUCUUACUGGGAUUUGGUUUUUAUGGCAUAAGCGUGUGAUAUUAAAAAGGAAAAUGAGGCAGAGAGACGUUAGCAGUAAUGUGGAAAUGGGAUUGGAGUCCAUCAGUGAGAGUACUCAUUUGAUUAGGUUCACAUUUGAUGAGAUUAAGAAAGCAACUAGGAAUUUCUCUAGGGACAAUAUAAUUGGGAGAGGAGGGUAUGGUAAUGUUUAUAAGGGAGUUUUGCCUGAUGGUUCUGAGGUUGCUUUCAAGAGGUUCAAGAAUUGUUCUGCUUCAGGUGACGCCAAUUUUACUCAUGAGGUAGAGGUUAUUGCGAGUGUUAGGCAUGUGAACCUUGUGGCUUUGAGGGGAUACUGUAUUGCUACAACUCCAUUAGAGGGUCACCAGAGAAUUAUUGUGUGUGAUUUGAUGAGAAAUGGGAGUGUAUAUGAUCAUUUGUUUGGUUCUGUGGAGAGUAAGCUCAGUUGGCCUAUUAGGCAGAAGAUUGCUCUAGGAACGGCAAGAGGAUUGGCUUAUUUGCAUUAUGGUGCACAACCAGCGAUCUUUCAUAGGGAUAUUAAAGCUAGUAAUAUACUCUUGGAUGAGAAAUUUGAGCCCAAGGUAGCAGAUUUUGGACUUGCAAAGUUCACACCUGAGGGCCUGACUCAUUUGAGUACUAGGGUGGCCGGGACAAUGGGAUAUGUUGCUCCUGAGUAUGCCUUGUAUGGGCAAUUAACAGAAAGGAGUGAUGUGUACAGCUUUGGUGUUGUGCUUUUGGAGCUUUUGAGUGGUAGGAAGGCACUUGUCUUGAACGAAGAUAGUCAACCAUCUCUUGUGACAGACUGGGCAUGGUCAUUAGUGAGGAUGGGGAAUGCUCUAGAUGUUAUAGAGGAUGGUGUGCCAGAGUUGGGAACACCAGAAAUUCUGGAGAAGUAUGUAUUGAUUGCUGUUCUUUGUUCUCACCCGCAGUUAUAUGCUAGGCCAACAAUGGAUCAAGUUGUGAAAAUGUUGGAAACAGAGUUGUCUAUCCCAUCAAUCCCAGAACGUCCGAUUUCUAUCAUAGCUGAGAUGGCUGAGAUUGAGAGAUCUAUGAGCAGUAGCGGCUCAGGUGUGCUUUCUAGUUCUGCUGGCUACCAGUCAUUUGUUGAAACUGAUCGCUCUUCUGGUCAAAGGGAAGAAAGGGAAAGUUAUGAUUCCAGAAAUUAGACUUAUUGUAAAUUACCGAGUUCAUUUGAACCCAACAAUGGUGUUCCCACUGAUGGAAGGCCGCAAUCCAAGUGCUCCCAUUCUAUUACUAAGAUAAUAUGGACUUUGCCACUUUGGUGUUGUGCAAAUUCUGUCCACCAAGCGGUAGUCACUGCACUGGAGGCGGUUAAGUUCUAAGUUUCAACACCUACUGCUUCUGGAAGGUCUUGCAGGGCGAUCACUUGAGGACGCCAACCGAAGACGUAUUCUGAAAUGCUCGAUAGACUUGAAGCCUUCGUGACGCUGAGGUAAGGCAGAAAAUUGCUUUUCGUGACGCUGAGGUAAGGCAGAAAAUUGCUUUUCGUGACGCUCAGGUAAGGCAGAAAAUUGCUCUGCUUGACAAACUUUUAGGAAAGCAACACUUACAUUGUUGCGAAAUUGACUCAUCUGCACGUACGAGACCAAAUGGCUAUUCAGACUAAUAAUGCUCGUCGUGUACCCUGGGAUUAGAUUAAACCAAGACUUCACCAAAGUUCACGGUUAAAGGAAUACAGAUGGUAGAUGCUUGUGUUUUGCCACAAUUUCACGUGGUGUUUCAUGUUUAGUCCGAAAUGGAUCGGAUAUGAAAAUUUUGUAAGUCAUCCAAAAAUGAAAAGUUUCCUGAACUCCUUACGGCAAUUUGUGCUAUAAUGAAGGUGUUUUGACAUUGAGGAUAUGUGUGACCUCAAUUAGGAGAGAAUUCAAAUUGGGUGUCCUUGAACUUA